AACUAUUGCAGCAGUAGCUUAUUUGAGAUUGGCAGGAAGACCCAAGUUCUCCCAUCUAACAACUUUUCUUAUUCCGAGAACUUCUUAUACAUGCUAGACUCCUUGGGCAAUAGAGCUUAUAAACCAAAUUCCCGCCUCGCCCAAGUAUUGGACAUUCUCUUCAUACUCCACGCUGAACAUGAGAUGAAUUGCUCAACGGCUGCUGCUCGGCAUCUGGCGUCAAGUGGUGUGGAUGUUUACACUGCCCUUUCUGGAGCUGUUGGAGCUCUAUAUGGUCCCCUUCAUGGUGGAGCAAAUGAGGCUGUGCUUAAGAUGCUAAGUGAAAUUGGAUCUGUUGAGAACAUUCCAGAGUUCAUUGAGGGUGUGAAGAGCAGGGCAAUGGGAUUUCCAACGGAGUUCUUCCCAGUUUUAUUUGCAAUCCCUAGAAUGGCUGGUUACUUGGCACACUGGAGAGAAUCCAUGGAUGCCCAAGCAGGUUUCAUGCAGGGCUGUUCAAAAGCACAAAUCAUGGAUCAGUGAAUGAAGAAGAAGCUGAUAGAAUUGUAUAACUUCCUGGGCAACCCAAGGUCUCAUUCCAACUGUUUUCGGGUGUAACUCUUAAUUUCAACAAGAAACUUAGUAGUUUUAGGUAUUUUGAUGCUUGUAAUUUUGCCAAACC